CUCUGUCUGCUGGUGCUUAUUUUGAUAAGCUGCAGGAUCAACGACUGGAUCAAUGGCUUAAACUACUUCUUCUUCAACGCUUCUCCUGCGAUUGCCUUAGCUGCAGGGUCAAUUCGGUUAGCUCACACUGGAUCUCUAUUCCGAUCUUUAGCUACCAUCCCUGACGUUGGUUGAUUUGCCGCAUCUAGUAGGGGUCUGAAAGCUGGAACUACACAAGGCUAUGGCUAUGGAACUGAAAUGGGCUAUGCCUUCACCUAUGCUAUAUAUUUAUAAACCAAAGCAUCUUUGGUCUGUAAAUGGAAAAGGCACCAACUUCGGUGACUAGUAGGGAUUCUACCAGUUCCAGUUCAGGCAUCAUCCUAAUCAUACUAUUGCUCGUACCUAAUCACUGCUUAAACCCUCGGUGAAACUGGCCCGACUAAGCAUAGGGAUAUACCUGUGAACCAAAGCGCAUUAUAACUCCCUUUGGCACAAAAUAAAGCCGCUUCAACUCUAAAAAAGAGUGUCUCACAUGAAAGCCCUGUAAAUAUUCUUUUUUCGCCAGCCUUGCCUAGCUAAGAGAGCCAUCUUGAAGCAGGACAGAUCACGAAAUCCCAUUCCCCCUUUGCCAAAAACAUCCCAGGGAAAGAAGGUCUUCCUGUCGAGGCAUACUACUCUGACUACUAACUAGCUUUAGCUGUGGCCAAGAGAACAGCUACAAGAUCAGAGGAAGAGUCACCCUAGCAGAAAGAACAUAAGAAAGAGAAAAAGAAAAACAGAACUAGACUAGCAUCGAUGAUUUCUCCCAUUCUCUCAUGGAGUAGCCAGAACAGUCUAUUCAUUUCUUCUUUCUCCCCUGCUGAAGAAACCUCUAUGAAUACCAGACAGAGAGGGACAGGUAGUCCGGCAGGAGGGACGGGCAAGCAACAGGAGUGCAGAGAAAGGGAUAAAAGAAGACCUGGGCAUCGAAAUCAAGGAGAUCGUGGGAUCAAAGUGGGCGUUCCCGAUUUCCAUGGCCGAUUGCAUCCCGAGGACUUUCUUGAUUGGCUAAGUAGCGUGGAGAAAUUCUUUGAUUGGAAAGAACUAUCCGAGGUAUGCGAAGGUGAAAUUCCUGAGCACGGGUCAUGCCUCAAUUUGGUGGGAUCAAGUCCAAGCAAGGCGUGAGCGGAAAGGCAAAGGGAAGUACAUGGGACAAGAUGCGAUCGAGGUUGCAGGAUCAAUUUCUACCCUCCGAUUAGACCCAAAGCUUGUUCCAAAGGUUUCACUUCGCUUUAAAGGAUAGGAGGGAGAGAAGCGUACAAGAAAGCCCCUACUCCUAA